CUCAUGGCCGUAUCGAGCAUACAGAGUGACAUGGGAAAAGCCAGGAGUGAAGCAUUAUCGGCAUGUACAUCUGUGGAAACUAUGGGCAGCACAAUGGCCUCCAUGCCGCACUAUCUAGCACAAGGGACCAACGAGCUGGCGGUAAAGACAGUCAAUGCGGCGAUCAACGGGCUCGAGAGUGUGCUGAUGCUCUCUCUAACGGCCGUGGAAGAGUUGGUUGUCUUCUUCAUCAAGGUCAUGUAUCAGACCUACCUUUGCCUCUUCACGCUGGUCGUGCGAGGCGCGGUCGAGAUCGGAGUCAGCGUCCUGGAAGACGCCGCCGAUUUCCUCAACUCGACCAUCAAGACCGUCGGCGAAGAUAUCGGCAAGACUGUCGACACGUUUGAAGACACGCUCAACGGCUUCCUCAAGAAAGUCAACACCGUCCUCAGUGCAGUCGGCACGAGCGUCCCGUCUCUCAAUCUCACCGACUCCAUCAACAGCCUCGAAAACGCCCACCUUCCAUCGUCCAUCGACGAGAGUCUCGACAAACUGAAUAGCUCGAUUCCCACCUUCGACGAAGUCAGCAACUUUACCGAGAACGUGCUUCGGUUCCCGUUUGAGGAGGUCAAGAAACUGAUCAAUGGCUCCCUCGGUGAAUACAACUUCAACACCUCGGCGCUCUCCGUGCCGGCAAAGAAGAAACUUACCUUCUGCGACUCCAACGACGGAAUUAACUCCUUCUUCACGGGAGCCACCGAUGUCGCUCUCACAGCGCGAAAGAUAUUCAUCGCCAUCCUCGUAAUCGCCGCCAUCCUGGCCUGCGUCCCCAUGGCAUGGCAGGAGAUCCGGCGUUGGCGGCACAUGAAGGAACGCUCGCAGCUGGUGCGCAAGGAAGCCCACGACCCGAUGGACGUGGUCUAUAUCGUGUCGCGUCCCUACACAGCGGCCGCGGGGAUCAAAGCCGCCAGCCGGUUCAGCAACAGCCGGGCCCAGAUCCUGGUCCGGUGGACGAUUGCCUACGCGACGACGCCCGCGGCACUGUUCGUGCUAUGUCUGGCCCUUGCCGGCCUCCUCUCCUGCCUGUGCCAAUACCUGCUCCUCUCUGCCGUCAAACGCACCGUCCCAGAGCUCUCCCAGGAAGUCGGCGAAUUUGCUGACAAAGUGGUCGACGCGCUGGCCAACAGCUCAGCGGAAUGGGCCAACAACACCAACACGGCGAUCCUGCACGUCGACUCGCAGAUCAACACCAACGUUCUGGGCUGGGUGAACACCAGCACCACCGCCCUGAACGACACCCUCAACACCUUCGUCGACAAGACCAUCGACGUCCUCAACGGCACCUUCGGCGACACCAUCCUGUACGACCCCCUCCUGGAAGUCUUCAACUGUCUCAUCGGCCUGAAGGUCGCCAGCGUCCAGAAGGGCCUCACCUGGGUCCACGACCACGCCCACGUCGACUUUCCGCUUUUCCCAAACGACACCUUCUCCCGCGGCGCCACCUCUUCUCUCAACGACACCAACAACCCCUCAGACAGCUUCCUCGCCGAAGCCGGCGACAACACCUCUAACAAGAUCACCGAGGUCGUCAACAAGAUGAUCACCGCCCUCGAGAAGGGCAUCCGGCUGGAAACCAUCAUCGCCUCCUUUAUCCUCCUAGUCUGGGUGAUCAACGCCCUGUUCGGCGUGAUCCGCGCCCUGAUCCUCUUCGCGAAGAAGGACAAAACCCGCGGCGAGGGCGGGCCCGCCCCCGUCUCCUCUAGACCUCACCCCUCCUCGCCCAGUCCUGGCCUCGGCCCGAAUGCCGGUUUCAUCGACGUGCCCUUGACAAGUCUGCCCCGACAGCAACAGCAGGAGCGGCAUUUCGGCUAUGCGAAUGAUGUUAAUGAUGGUGAUCAUGGCGCCGCGGCCCCGCGGUACGAGGUCGCCACGCAGGCCGGGCGCGAGCGCGCGGGCCCCAGUACCACGAUCAUGACGACCACUACUACGACCACUUCCUCCGAAGGGCUGGGCAUGUAUCCGGAUGAGAAGGUCGGGUUUGCGGGACAGCGGAACGCAUUGCGUGUGGACGGAGUGUCGGAUUUGAGGGGCAGUAGCUAUGUGGAGUAUGGGAUGGAGAAAAAUUGAGUUCUCCCCGCCUUGUCUCUCUACUUACCUAUCCUACCCUUGGUUUAUGGGUAAAGCUAGUUGAUUCGUGUCUUCGCAUUUCCUUCGGCGGUUUGGUGUUUUUUUCCCUAGCGCGGCUGUUCUGACUAUUACUUCUGGG